GUGGCCUGUGACCAAGAUCCAGGCACGCAGGGCUCUGCCAUGGCUCAGGACUACGUGUGGUACCAGGGCAUUCCUUUCCCUAUCAUGGCAUACAACCCUGAAUUCAUAAAAGCAACCCACGAGACGCUGGUGUUGAAGGACGAGGACAUCAUCACGGUGGCCUACCCCAAAUCAGGAACCCAUUGGUUGGUUGAAGUUCUCUCUCUGAUUCACUCCAAGGGCGAUCCCAAGUGGAUCCGAUCUGCGCCCAUGUUUGUUCGCUCCCCAUGGAUCGAGAAUGAAAGUAGAUACCAUUUCACAAUGGAGAAGAAGGAGGGCCCCCCCCUCCUCACCUCCCACCUCCCCAUCCAACUCUUCCCCAAGUCUUUCUUCACUUCCAAGGCCAAGGUGAUCUAUGUCAUCAGAAAUCCUAAGGAUGUCCUUAUAUCUGGUUAUCAUUUCUGGGGUUCUACAAAUCUGGCUAAGAAACCAGAGUCACUGCAACAAUAUUUUGAAUGGUUCUUGCAAGGACACGUACCUUACGGGUCAUGGUUUGAUCACGUCCGAGGCUGGAUGUCCAUGAGGGAAAAGGAGAACGUGCUGAUCCUCAGUUAUGAGCAGAUGAAAAAGGACCCCAGGAGCAUGAUAGAGAAGAUCUGUGGGUUCCUGGGGAAGGCACUGGAGCCGGGAGAGCUGGACUUGGUCCUGGAGAACAGUUCCUUCCAGGCGAUGAAAGAAAACAAGAUGUUCAAUUUCAAUAAUGUGAGAGUGGGGUUUGUUCCUGCCGAUCUCAAAAUCAUCAGGAAAGGCAUCACAGGGGACUGGAAGAACCACUUCACCCCAGCCCAGGCCCAAGCCUUCGAGGAAACAUUCCGGGAGAAGAUGGCAGGACUUCCUCCAGAGCUGUUCCCUUGGGACUAAGCCCAGAACUUGAAGAGCCAUGGAGACCCAGACCUGGGGGAUCAUGGCUGCCAUCCUGGAGUGGAGAGAGAUCCUAGGGGAAACAGAAGAAAUAGGAAGGACAUUGCAUUGAGGAAUCUU